GAGACAGGGAGGGGGUGGAAUCCUGCCGACGAGCGGUCCGCGAAUGAGUGCGGCGUGGGCUGCCAAAAGGCGAUCGAUUGCGCGGGUAGGGCCACUCAGAGACCGCCACGUGGGAUGGGAGCUGUCGACAUUCGGUUCGCCUCUCGAGGGUUGAUAUGGUGCGUUCUCCCGUCCUGCGAAGGCCUUUGUUGCGGCCACGACUCCAUUCUGACUCUGAAAAGACAUGAGAGGAAAAGGGAAAGUGCUACCAGCACGAAAACACGAUGCGACACAAGCGACACGACGGUUCUACAACGAAAACACGCGCUCAAGGCAUGGACGACGACAGAGAGGGAAUACAAACCGCUGCCCACCGCCCGCGCCCGGCAAUGGCACACGAGCCCGGCCUCGUCCCCGCGCUCCUCGCCCAGACGCUCUGAGCCGAACGCAGCUCGGGCUGGAGGCACGCUGAGCAGCCGCGGCGGGCGCUGCAGGGACGGCGGGCAGUCGUGGGCGGGCAGACGAUCGCCGGCCCGACGGCAACGCGGCGGCGGGCGGCUCGCGGGAUAUAUUGUGUGCAUUGCCGAUGCAAGGAGGAGUGCAGGUGUGUAUGCACAUGUGGUGUUGAGGCGAAGGGAGCGAGGUCUGCGUCGGCGUCGGGGAAGAGGGAAGACUCGUCCGGCGGUUCCUCGGGCCUAGCGGUCAGUCAUCCCCGAAGCGUGCUAGCGCCAUCACGUGCGCGCAGAAGCGAGAAUCCCCCACCUCACCCGUCGGCCGCUCACAACAAACACCUCAACACUCACCUCCCGUCCGCCAGCGCGCCGCUGUCUUCGCACCCCCCCUCAUAUAUCGUCGCGCGCUGCCGGCCGCUCCGUCGCCCGAGCAUCCAGCGCAUCGCACGAGGCGCCGCGCUGUUGCCGUUGGGCCGUGCGCGAUCACCUCCCCACUUCUAUUUGCGGCUACGCGACCCUCACGGAUUGGACAGCCUCAGCCC